AUGUCUUCUUCGUCGAAAGAGGCGAAAAAAGCGUCUGAAUCAUUGACUCUCUGUGAUAAAGGCCAGUUGGAUGGCAUAAAUCGUGGCUCUGGCGAUUCUGUCGCAAACCUAACAAGAAAAGAGGCCUCCAAAUUUUCAUCACCAGAAUCGACAGACUCGGAGCCAACAUCAUCUUCUGGAUCUUCUGAUGAUUCAGAUUCGGAUUCUAAAGCUGGAGAAAGCUCAGACGAGGAAAAGUCUGACGAUGAUGAACAAAUGGAUGAUCAACCUGGUCCUUCUAUACCUUCGAGACAGUUUUCCAGUCUUCCAGACAACUCAGCCCUACGUGCAAGACUUGCAAGUUUUUUACCAUCUCUAAAGGCGGCGAAUGAAGACCUGGAACGAGAAAUCGCUGCCGGAAAGUCAAUGACUCUUGAGGUGGACAACGAAGAUGAGGGGCAGGGUCAGCUUAUUGAAAUGGUAAGAUACCAGUCUGACCGCUCUACCAACAGAGAUGAUACAUAUAGCUAA